AUGAGUCGUGACUUAAAUCAAGCUGCUUUACGCUUUACCAGUGCGUGGGCGAAUUUUAUUCGCAUACACACAGCAUCUCUUCAGCAAUUUCCUUCUUCUCGUGUUUGGAUGCGCCCUAUGUUGCUAGAGAGAGAAAAUCAAGCUAGUCGCCUGGUUGAGACGAUAUUGAAAGAAGAUCUAGACACCACCAUAAUAAAUUUUAUGAGAUUAUCUCGAUCUGAUUUCAAUUAUCUGCUUGAAAGAAUUGGGCCAAAGAUAACGAAAAUGGAUACUAACAUGCGAAAGAGUUUAUCACCCAAAGAUAAGCUCAUAGUUACAUUGCGUUAUUUGGCAACAGGAGAUUCAUACAAAACUCUCGAGUAUGCAUUUCGGAUUUCGGCACAAGCGAUCGGUGCAUUCAUACCGGAAGUGUGUGAUUGUUUGGUUGAAGUGUUGCAAGACUAUGUAAAGCUUCCAUCAAGCCCCGAAGAAUGGAUGAAAGUGGUUCAAGGGUUUGAACAUAAAUGGAAUUUUCCUCACACUCUUGGGGCGAUGGAUGGCAAACAUGUAGCGACAAAAGCUCCACCACACAGUGGAACCGAUUAUUACAAUUACAAACAUUUUUUUAGCCUUGCAUUAUUAGGAGUUGUUGAUGCCGACUGUAAUUUUAUGUAUGCAGACGUAGGCGCUAAAGGCAGGAUUUCUGAUGGAGGAGUCUUUCGAAACACUUCUCUAUAUAGAAAACUGGAGAGAAACGAUUGUAAUAUACCGAGUCCGGCACCGUUGCAUGAAACAUCGCGAGUAGAAGUCCCGUACAUGUUUUUAGGAGACAAGGCAUUUCCUUUGACUUCCUAUUGUCUUAGGCCAUUCGGUGGUUUUACACAAGUUGGAUCUGUUGAGCGCAAUUUUAAUCAACGCCACUCUAUUGCCAGGCGUACUGUAGAAAUGGCUUUCGGUAUCCUUAGCGCAAGGUUUAGGGUUUUAAAAAAACCAAUGGAACUCCAAGUAGAAAAUGCCAAAAAAGUUAUAAUGGCUACAAUAUAUCUGCACAACUUUAUUAGAAGGACGGAGGAAGUCAGAAUGCACGAUAGCAACUUUCUUUCAGGAAACGACGAAGGAAAUGCUAACAUGCGAAACAUGAUUUCGAACGCGUCACGUGCCAGUACUAAUAUGCUACAAAUUCGGAUGCAUGUAGCAAACUUUCUGAUGAACAAUUGACUGUUUAAACUUUUUCUGCGACCAUUAUUUUUAAAAUAAAAAAAAAUUGUUCUAUCUAACGAUAUAUUCAAUCCUUUUUUCAUACUUUACUUUUACUAUUAUAAUUUCGAAUAAAUGAUAGCAUCAUUGAAUGCAUGCAACAAAUAUUGCACUAUGUAAUCGAAUGUAGAUGACCAUACAUUUUGCCAUAUUGUCGUAUUGGAUGUAAAUAAUUAAAUGUAUAUGCUAUUUUUAGACAUUGAUUACUUAACUUAAAUCCCUAAUAAAACUGUUUUCAUGUACUCUACUUUAAAAUUUUACUUUUCUUUUUUCGGAUAGUUUCUAACGUAAAAAUAAAGUUAAAAAAAGCGCAUUUAUAAUGAAAUUUUAAAUAUUUAGCUUUGGCAGCAUAAGAUUUUUUUUUAUUAUUCAUUUGUUUUUCUUAUAGUGAUGUAUGUUAAAUACUAAUAAUUAAUUCUCAAUAGAGAAGAUUAUAAUAUUAUUAUAAUCUGAGUGAAAAUAAAAGACAAAUAAAUAAAAUAUAUUUACUUACGGUG